UGUAUCCAGCUCGUCCAGCAAGCAAGCAAGGCAGUACCCUCGCCAUCGCAGAGACCAGAUCAGAGCAGAUCAGAGCAGAUCACAUCUCUCCGUUGUCCAUCUCUCCUUCACCCACCAUGCUCUCUCGACGCGUCCAGCGCCUUCCUGUCGGGCUCCUCGGUCGGGCGACCCUCAUCACUGGGCCUCCCCCCGACGUGCCGGCCGUGCACCAGACCGCGACCAACACCCCGCUGCCCAACCCCACCCCCGUGCCAGCCUUCACGCCGCUGUUGGGGCCGCACGCGCGCGGGCGGCACUCAGCCGACGACCCCAGCCAGGACCGCGGGCCGGCGUAUGUGCCCGGUGGGCACGCGGCCGUCGCCAAGCGUAUCCAGAGCAUGUCGCCGCUGCGCCGUGGUGCACACGAGUCGUGGUGGACUGCCGACCAGGGCUUCUUCAACGCUGUCGCGAACACGAUCCCCACCUACCGUGUGCUGGACGAGGAGGGGCGGCCCGUCAAGGGCGCCAUCAUGCCGGAGAUCACCAAGGAGGAGGCGCUUAAGAUCUACCGCGCCAUGAUUCUCGUGCCCGUCGUCGACAACAUCCUGUACCAGUCGCAGCGGCAGGGCCGCAUCUCGUUCUACAUGCAGUGCGCGGGCGAGGAGGCAGCUGUCGUCGCUUCAGCUGCCGCGAUGCAUGAGAACGACGAAAUCUUCAUGCAGUACCGCGAGCAGGCGGCGCUCAUCUACCGCGGCUUCAGCCUGAACCGGAUGAUGGCGCAGUGCUUCGGCAACGUCGAGGACGACAGCACCAAGGGCCGCAUGAUGCCUGUGCACUACAGUGCGCCGGACCUCGGCUUCCACACCAUCACGUCGCCACUGGCGACGCAGCUUCCGCAGGCGGCCGGCGCCGCGUACGCCAUCAAGACGGACCCGGAGCGCGAGGGCGACUGCGUCAUCUGCUACUUUGGUGACGGCGCUGCAUCCGAGGGCGACUUCCACGCCGCGCUCAACAUCAACUCGACUCUCGGCGGGCCCAUCGUCUGGUUCUGCCGUAACAACGGCUUCGCUAUCUCCACGCCUGUUGUGGACCAGUACGCCGGUGACGGCAUUGCGUCGCGCGGUCCGGCGUACGGCCUCGACACGAUCCGCGUGGACGGCAACGACGCUCUUGCUGUCCUCUCGGCGGUGCGCGAGGCGCGCCGCCGCGCCGUCGAGGGCAAGAAGGGCGUUCUCGUCGAGGCGAUGACGUACCGUAUCGGACACCACUCGACGUCGGACGACUCGAGCAAGUACCGUCCCGCGGAGGAGGUGCAGGAGUGGAACGUGGUCGACAACCCGAUUGCGCGGAUGCGCGCGUGGCUCGUGUCGCAGGGCUGGUGGAGUGAGGCCGAGGAGAAGGCCGCGUUCACGGCAAACAAGAAGGAGGUGCUGCGCACAUUCUCGCGGGCAGAGAAGCUGCCCAAGCCCAAGCUGAGCGAAAUGUUCAACGACGUGUGGACGGUCAGCAAGGACGACCACAUCCCCGAGGUCAUUACGGAGCAGCGCGCAGAGCUUGGCGGCCUCCUGAAGAAGUACGGGGGCGUGUGGGAGCCGUGGCGCAAGGAGCUCAAGCGGUUCGUCGAGGAGGGCGAGGAUGUCAUGGACUGCAGCUCGACAAAGUCCACCUAGGUUUCAUGCAUGUUGUACGAGUCUGACAGCACGUGAAGACGAGGUGACUCGUUGCAGAAGAACGAGGAGAUUUCAGCAGAUUUCAGAUGCGCAACCUGGGCGGAAUGAGGGACCGGCCGGAGCUGGGCUGCGCGAGGCCUAGGAUGCGGGGUGCGGUAUGCAGGG